UCCCGCUGUCGGCGCAGAGCAGAUCCAAGGAUCGCAUUCAGCUGAGCACACCAGUUACCGAAAACUACUGCACCAAGCCGCGAACGAGUUUAGGCCUUGAUCGCUGCAACGGGGGAAACCCUCACCAACCGAUCUGACCGACGUUCAGAGCCUGCUCGAGCAGUCGAGCAGUACGCAGCCACCAUGCCGCUGUCGCUAGUGGCCCCCGUCCUGCAAGUGGACGCGAAUGUGAUUCACCAGGUCGACACGACGAACCCAGCAAAUCUUUUCAGCAUGUGGACUGUCUUCGCAAGGUGUCGGGAUUCCGUUGCUCAGGGCCGACGGUUAGAGAAUUUGAGUUGGCGGUUGUGGAACCGGGAGACGUUCUGCUGCGAGGGUCAAGAGAUGCUCGUGUCCGAGUGCCGCACCAGCAAGGCCCGGGAUAUCCGGUACACGCACGUCACAGCCCGAGACGACAUCCCCCAGCUUUCCGGCAGUGUUGACUCCGUCGCCGAUGAAGAGGCGGUUGACAUCAACACAGGCUCCUCGCCGGUGGACAUUGCGCGACCGAGGAUACAGAGACAGGAUUCGUGCGCCAGCAGUCGUAGCCGGGGCCGGGAGCGCCACAUCACAUCCGAUGAGUUGGAGAAAAUGGUUGUCUCCAUCAUGGAGACCAAGGAGCCACUGAAUGCUCCGCUCCCCGUCAUUCCUCGCUCCCCCGUUGCAGAGACCCCGGCUUGCGGUGUCGAAUCUGAGAGGACGGGUUCCACCACGACCGAGUCGCCCUGCGAGACCUCUGAGAACCCAUCCCCGGAUUCGGUUGCGUCCCAGCAGCUGCCGGCGCCGGCGGAUCAGAGCGGGCCGAUCGUUACUCGCGGCUUCUCGCCUCCUCAGGUGCCUUUGAGCCGUAUUACCUCGCAGGCCUCCAAGACCCCUUCGCCGUCUGCGAUCCCUGAACCCACGGAUGCCCCAGCGCCCAAGGUUGUCCUUCCGAAGAAGCAGCAGGCAAUGUUUGCUCUCGGCGGUUCUUCGGGCUCCGAAGAAGAGUCGUUCAACAGCCGCAAACUCGAGGCUAGAAAGCAGGUGGCGGCGCCGUCGCGAGCGAAGAUGUUCCAGAUCGGCGGUUCGUCUGGGGAGGAAGAGUCCCCACAGAAUGCCCAACAACUCCAGAGGCCGGUACCCAAACCUGACGGGCAGAAGAAGACUGCUUCGUUCAACAACCAGGUCGUGACGCAGACAUUCACUUCGUCGGCUAUCAGCGACACUGAGGACGACUACCUCGACGAGAGCGCCAUUGACGAUGACGACGAGGACUGGGAGGAGGAGUCCACCGUGGAGAGCGGCGACUCGAGCGUCGAAGAAAAGAUCAACUUCAAGCGCGUGGACUCGACCGCGCAUCUGCCGUCUCGGCGGUCAAUGAUUACCCUCAUGUUGGCGGCGAACAACAACCGUGCUCAGAGACUGGGCAACGUGGCGUCGCAGUCGACUUCGGCUAUACCCCGCGCGCGGCCAUCGCUCAAUGGACCUUCCGUGGCUGUCUCUCCGAACGACUCGGAUGAGUCGCCGCUGAUGAUGAGGGGCACCUCGCGCGCUCCGCCCAUGCGGCCCAUCAACGAAGUCCCUCGGUCCGCGGCACAGCCGAUCAACGUCACCGCCACGGGAAUGCACUACCAAGCGGCGCUCUCGCCGCGCACUACCCGGCGUAACAUGCUCGCCACCGAACUGACCGAGUCGCUCCGGCGGAAUCUCCUCCGCGAGCGGUCGCACAAGACGUCCACCGCCAACGCGGUCCUGAAGCGCCGCCACACUACGCACGACGUGGCGAACCUCAAGCAGUAUCCGGAGAGGCCGUUUAUGAAGAAGGAGAAGGAGAUCGACACCAAUCCGAACAGCUGGGAUCAAUACUUCCAGAACCCGUUCACGGGCCAAGCGCAGGCCUGGUAGAACUCUAAUCUCUCGGCCUAUCCACCAUUCGCCAUCUGAGACGGUCUCGCCCACACAGUUACUCGAACUUGGCACUUCACACCUUGGCGUGUACCUGGCAGCGGUUAUCGUUGCCGUGUACCGGUUAAGCUCGAGCAUCGCCCUCGGCCACGGUCUACCGUGUUGCACGAAACUGGGCUGGCAUUGAUAUCGGGUCAACGGCACGGGAGGAAGCGCAUAACAACCCUUGUGCUGUCCUGAUUAUGGUCUUU